UUCAUUUGCUGUUACAUUAGUGUACAUUUAUUGUUCUCUUUUCUCUAAACUGUGAUGUUUUUUCCGUACAGACAAAUGAAGGAAGUGUGUGGUGGGGGUGGAGAGCCUGUUUCUCAGUUGCAGAAGUGAAACAGGCAAGUAGAGCCUCACAGUUAGACCCUGUGCCAUUUACCCUUCGAACUGACAAUCCUAAGAAGCAAACUGGAGUAAGAAGAGACAGAAACAAAGGGGACAACCAACCUGAGUCAUGUUGGCUGAAGGUUUUCUCAGAGUGCUGCCUUACAUAGAGGAGAGGCAGUCUGCCUCUGCUUCCAAACUAAAGAGCUCGCACACACAUGCUCAUUGUGUGGAUCGGUUCAAACGUAUUGUCUCCGACUCAAACGCGGCAAACCAACAGACAGAUUCAACUGAAGCAGGUCCUGACCAGGGAGAACACCUUACCCAGUUCCAGGGGCUGAAAGUAGUGCCUCAAGUUCCUUUAGGUCUCUCAAUCCCUGGGUGCCCAUCAGACCUCAUCCUGGACCCUGACUUUGCACUUUGCUUAGAACAUUGUAGCCUCCUGGAGCAGUAUCCAGACCUGCAGGUGGCUGAUUCAGGCCGCAUCCCACAUAACCCACAGAGAGUCAUCACUGCCCAACACAAUUUAGUCUCUGAAGUCUGCCAUCAACCAAAAUGGGCAGUCCAACAGGAGCCACAAGAUGAGCCUCUUUCAUUGGUACCAGACCAGGGUUAUCUGGUUAUGGGGGCCAGUGUGAACACCAGCUUGGAUCUGCCCGGAUCAGGGUGCGAGCCUAUGUCUAACUCUGUGCUGAAUGGCCUGUUGGACAAACAGCUUGAGAAGGUGUACAUGCAGCACCUGACCGACAACUUGGCUCGAUGUAACUCCCACCUGGGGAACAGCCUCUUGCAAGGCCUGGUGCCACCACCACAGCCCAGCAGCCAGCUGAGGGGGCCAGACUCACUGGAGGCCAGUCUGGAAGAAGAAUCAGGACUUGACAGCGGCAGGAAAAUUAGUUACCUGCACACCCAGAACUUAAUUCCUUGCUCAUCCAACUUCAGCUCCCCUGUGCUGAGGAUUUCAGAGGCUGACAAUGCUCAUUUGCAGUGAAUGCAGCCAUGCAUAUAUCCUGCAAAAGUAUUAUGUGAUGCUCAACUAGUCUGUUUUGCUUCUGUUUUGCUCCACUUCCAAGUGUUUUUGUUUACCUAUUUUUGUUUAUCUAUAAUAAACAAUGUCUUUCAUUACCUGCUUUAUGAAAUGAUGCCUCAAGUUUACCUGCUUUCAUGUGCCACCUGCUGUUAGAUUUUAGUAUUACACCAUCGUAACUUUACCUGACAUACAUAAGAAAUGAUGUUAUUGACUUUAUAGCUGGGUGUGUGUGAGGUAUUUAUUAAACUAAACUGUGAUCAACUGUGAUCGAGAGGAAGCCUGUACUGCACUCUGACAUUGCCUCUGACGUAACCUUGUUGUAAACGAACUGAAGUAAAAAUAAAAGAAUCACUAAAGUUUUUUUUAAUGUAUAUCUUUAAGUUUUUAAGUGAAUUUGAAUUACAUGCUGAUGUCGAUACUGCUCUUUGUAUGUGUUAUUUUUGGUCUCAUGUUUUGUCCUUUGUCAAGAGAGGAGAUGCCCUGAUUCUGUAUUGGUAAAUGUGAUAUGCCAAUCUUUCAAUAAUGUUUAGGGAAAUAAAUGAAAUAGAUCAAAUGGUAAACUGUGCUGACUGCAUUUAUUCACC